UAAACAUUGUUGAUUUUUACUUUUAUUACUAAUAUUAUUAUAAUACAUUUGGUUUUAUAUAAUAAAUUAAAUGUUAUUUUGUGUCUAAAGAAUUAAUCCUAAGUGUUAAACAUGGCGGAUGACGAUGCGAACUUGCAUCGUCUCGAGGGCACAUCGGGCGAUGCUCCAGGCGGCUUAAUCAUCAAAAAGAAGGAUAAGCCAGCGGAUUUUCAAUUUGCAAAGCCUUCCUUACUCGGUCUGGACAAACUAGCAGCUGCUAAGAGGAAACAAAAUCGCCUUAUAUCCUUUCAAAAUGAUGAAAAUGAGACUGAAGAGAAUGAAGAAGAAAGUGACUCAAAUACAGUCAAGGGACGAAAAUAUAGACGUCACAAUGAAGAAACACCAACGUAUACCGGCGGUCUAUCAGAACAAGCCAGAGAACGCAUGUUGGAGAGGCUUCAAAAAAAAGAGAAAGAAAGAGAGAAGGGUGUGCACAAUUCCACACUAGAAGAGAAAAAGUCUCGUUCUAAGGAAGAAGAAGAUGAUAGAUAUUAUAGGCGCUUUGAUAGACGUGACAGAGAUAGGGACAGAAGACGGGAUUAUGAUAGGAGAGAUAAGGAUAGGCACAGGAGUGACAAGGAAAGACAUAGAAGGGAGGACAGGAGGAGAGAUUCUGAAAGAAGUGACAGAAGCCAUUCCGAGAGAGACAGUUCCAGAAGAAGUUAUUAUGAACCCAGAUUCAAAGAUGAACCAAGAACUCCAAGUAUUAAAGCUUUGAAACCAACUGACAAGACAGCUUGGGAUGAUGAUGAUGAUGAUCCAAAAGCAGUUAGGAAGUCCAGUUGGGACUUUCCAACCCCUAUUCCUCGAGAUGGGAAAGACAGUGAUCGCUCCUACAGAAGUGACCGGCGUCCACGAGACUAUAAAGGAAAACUGUAUGAAGACACACCAAGAGCUUCACAGCAUAGAUGGGCUAGUUCUCGCCGAGGUGUGGACAUUGAUGAUCCUGAGUGGCAGGAGGCCGAGAAGAAAUUAGACAGGGAGUGGUAUAACAUGGGAGAAGGUGAGGCAGACGAAUCUGAUCCUUUCGCCGGCGCGAGCGCAGAAUACAUCGCCAAGAAGGAGGAACAGAUUGAAAAGCGAAGGAACCGCAAGGUGUCCGCCGCGAGACAGCAGAUAGACAAGGACAACGAAUUGUGGGAGCGAAACAGAAUGCUUACCAGUGGUGUGGUACACGCUAUAAGCGGAAUCGGAGAUUUAGAUGAAGAGAGCGUAGACCGAGUACAUCUUUUAGUUCACAACAUAGUGCCGCCAUUCCUGGAUGGGAGAAUAGUGUUUACAAAGCAGCCCGAGCCUGUUAUACCGGUGAAAGACCCAACAUCAGACAUGGCUGUCAACGCUCGGAAGGGCUCAGCUCUGGUGAAGGCGUUCAGAGAACAGAAAGAAAGAAGAAAGGCGCAAAAGAAACAUUGGAAGUUGGAGGGAACUAAAAUCGGUAACAUAAUGGGUGUACAGAAGGAGACAGAGGAAAUCGAGGACGGGCCGACCAAACAGGCGUACAAGUAUGCCGAACAUUUGGACAAAGAAGGUGAAAAAGAACCGAAAUCUAAAUCUGACUUCGUGAACAAGAUGACUAUCAGCGAGCAGCGAAGAUUCCUACCGGUGUUUGCCGUGAGAGAGGAGCUGAUGCAAGUUAUAAGGGAGAACAAUGUUAUCAUUAUUGUCGGUGAGACCGGCAGCGGCAAAACUACGCAGCUCACACAAUAUCUACACGAGGAGGGUUACACUAAACUCGGUACUGUGGGCUGCACGCAGCCGCGUCGCGUCGCCGCCAUGUCCGUGGCCAAGCGCGUCGCUGACGAGAUGGGCGUUAAACUAGGGGAAGAAGUCGGCUACGCGAUCCGUUUCGAGGACUGCACUUCCCCCAACACGGUGAUCAAGUAUAUGACAGACGGUAUCUUACUCCGCGAAGGUCUGCGAGAGCCAGACCUCGACAACUACUGCGCUAUCAUCAUGGACGAAGCCCACGAGAGGUCACUUUCUACGGACAUGCUGUUUGGGCUCUUGAGAGAGGUGGUAGCCCGGCGAGCGGACCUCAAGCUCAUCGUGACGUCAGCGACGAUGGACUCUACCAAGUUCUCGUCGUUCUUCGGCAACGUGCCCACCUUCACCAUCCCCGGCCGCACCUUCCCCGUCGAGACCUUCUACUCCAAGAACGUGUGCGAGGACUACGUGGACGGCGCCGUCAAGCAGGCUCUUCAGAUCCACUUGCAGCCAGACGAGGGAGACAUCCUCAUUUUCAUGCCGGGACAGGAGGACAUCGAGGUCACCUGUGAGAUACUGACAGAGCGUCUGGCGGACCUGGAUGCGGCGCCGCCGCUCACCGUGCUGCCGAUAUACUCGCAGCUGCCCGCCGACCUGCAGGCCAAGAUAUUCCAGCGCGCGCCGCCCGGCCAGCGCAAGUGUAUCGUCGCCACCAACAUCGCCGAAACAUCUUUGACUGUGGACGGCAUAAUGUACGUGAUCGACUGCGGCUACUGCAAGCUCAAGGUGUACAACCCGAGGAUAGGCAUGGACGCUCUACAGAUCUACCCCGUCAGCCAGGCCAACGCCCGUCAGCGGGCCGGGCGUGCGGGCCGCACGGGACCUGGCAAGGCCUUUUGUCUGUACACACAGCGGCAGUACCAGCAGGAACUGCUCCCCGCGACCGUGCCCGAGAUACAGAGAACCAACUUGGCUAAUACAGUCCUGCUGCUGAAGAGUUUGGGUGUUGAAGAUCUUCUGGCCUUCCAUUUCAUGGAUCCACCACCUCAGGACACGAUCCUAAACUCCAUGUAUCAGCUGUGGAUUCUCGGCGCGCUAGACGGCACCGGAGCCCUAACGCCGCUGGGCAGACAGAUGGCGGAGUUCCCCCUCGACCCGCCGCAGUGCCACAUGCUGAUCGUGUCCGCGGAGAUGGGCUGCAGCGCCGAAGUGCUCAUCAUCGUGUCAAUGCUGUCGGUGCCGUCAGUGUGGUACCGGCCGCAGGGGCGCGAGGAGGACGCGGACUCGGCGCGCGAGAAGUUCCAGGUGCCGGAGAGCGAUCACCUCACCCUGCUGCACCUGUACAACCAGUGGAAGUCCAACAAUUAUUCCGGUUCCUGGUGCACGGAGCACUUCGUCCACGCGAAGGCGAUGCGCAAGGUGCGCGAGGUGCGCCAGCAGUUGAAGGACAUCCUGGCGCAGCAGCGCCUGCCGCUCGUCUCUUGCGGGACGGACUGGGACACCGUGCGGAAGUGUAUCUGUUCAGCGUACUUCCAGCAAGCCGCUCGUCUCAAGGGUCUCGGAGAAUACGUGAACUGCCGAACCGGUAUGCCGUGCCACCUCCAUCCCACAUCAGCUCUCUUCGGCAUGGGCAGUUCCCCGGACUUCGUGAUAUACCACGAGCUGAUGAUGACUAGCAGAGAGUAUAUGCACUGCGUGACGGCGGUCGAUGGGAGAUGGUUGGCGGAACUGGGACCUAUGUUCUUCUCGGUCAAGGAGACUGGCAAAUCCAACCGCGAUAAACGAAAAGAAGCAGCCGUCCAUCUACAGAAGAUGGAAGAAGAGAUGAAAGUAGCGGAACAGAAGAUGGCAGAAGAGAGAAAGAAGAGGGAAGAAGACGUGCCAGUGAAGCAAGAAGUAGCCACACCGGGACUUAACACACCGCGCCGCACGCCGCAGCGAUUGGGCCUGUGAUCUGCUAUACCAGGAGAGUUGCAGAUAAGAAGAUACUUUAUAAGCCCGCGGGUACUUUUUAAGUGGCGUGUGUGAAGCCCUCGUAAAGUUAAACCAUUUUGAAAGUCACGCACACCGGCAAAAGAAUGAAAAAGCGUGAAAAUUUUUUCCUUUUAAUUUAGAAGAAUAUGUUUGUGGUCUGCGAUCUGCUAUACCACGAGGUGUGUAGGUGCAACUAGUCUGUGUUGUAUUUGAGCCCAUUUAAAAGCAAUUUUUAAUACAAAUUACAUAAUGUUUAGUACAUUUCCAUUUUUGUAAUUUAUUGUUAAUUUAAAGUUAGACAUCUGUAAGACAUUAUGACAUAUUUUUAGGACUGAAAUAAAGAUUAUUUUGUAAACAAAUAUUUUUAUUAUCCUUCAUACAAUCUACAGCGGUAUUGGAGUCGUUGUGAAAAUUAAAGA